AUGACAUCUUUCAUACAGGUUACACAUCAUAACUUUAUACAUUGGUUACAAAGGGAGUGUCUACAAAGACAACCUGCAACAUAUUAUCACAUUACCACUACUACUAAUUCUAACACAAAAGGCAGUAUAACUGAGGUAUCUACUCGUAUUCAAAACAUCACAAAACAACUACUUUUAAAGUAUCAUAUAAAUUUAAAUGAUUUUUCUGAAAAAUCGAUAAUUUUAACUCUAUGGCUCUUCUUUUUACUUAUAGUAAGUUAUCACAUGAUUAACAAGGCAAUAAAAUUGGAUAAACAAUUAUGUCACAUGAAAACUAGACCCAAAGAUUUAACUAUGUACACAGUUAACCCAACCGAUGAACUAAAAACUAUUUCUGAAGGGAGCACUAUUAAAGAAAGAAUUAAAGAACUAGAAAAACAAGAAAAAGAGGAAUUAGAGUUUGAAGAAAACUUGAAAACAGAAUUCAAUGAUAUGUUGCAGGAAAAAUUAUCUCCUGAUACUUAUGUUGCUGAUAAUGCAUAUCUUGUAGUUGACCAAAAUAAUCAAGAACCAUUAAUGUCUAAUGCAUCAAUUUAUGAAACUGAUAAAGUUUCCAAUGGGACUGAUGAUGUUAUACAAGACAAUUCUGAACAUGAAAAUAGAAGUAUAAAAAAACAGAGUGAAUUGAACGGUCAAGGGGAAGCAGCUAGUGAUACGAGUCUUCAUUUUACAGGAGACUCGCCAGACUCAACUUUUAAAUGUGACAAAAAAGUAGCAGAAGGAGAUCCAAAAGAAGAAGCAGAGGGGAAAAAAGUAGCAAAAGGAGAUCUAAAAGAAGAAGAAGCAGCUGGAAAAAAAGAUGAAAAGGAUGAUUUAGGGAGACAAGAAACUGAUAAACAGGGACUUGAAUCUGUUAACAAUAUAAAAAAAAAAGAAAAGGACGGGAUAAUAAAACUAGAAAUGGAAAACCAAGGAGUUGAAUCUUCCAAUAGUAUAAAGGAAAAAGAAAAAGACAAUAUAAUAAAACAAGAAAUGGAAAACCAAGGAGUUGAAUCAAUCAAAGGUACAGAAGAAGAAGAAAACGAAUAUACGGUAAAGCAAAAAACAGAUAAACAAGGAAUUGAAUCAACCAACAAUUCAAAAGAUCAACAAGAAGUCCAGUUAGUUAACAAAACAAAGGGGGAAAGAACAAAUGAGUCACUUAUUUUACCUCUUGUAGAUUCAACAAAUUAUAACUCUGAAGAGUGUCAAAACGAAAAAAAUGAAAAUAAAUUUACACACAUGACCAUGUCAGAUGAUUGUAAACAACCCUCGUAUAUUGAUCAAUUGAAACUGUCGCCCACUGGAAACGAAGAUGACGUGGAAUCACUAUAUAAAUCACCUCUCAAUAGUAUAACUGACUGUGGUAACAGUAUCACUAAUAGCUAUAAUAACAGUAGUACCAAUACCAGUUUAAAAACGAACGAUAGCACAACACCAUCCAAACAGAGACAUUUUAAUGAUAAUAUAUUGCUGAUAAACGACAAUAACUCACUGUCAGUGGUUUCAAAGGAUACUACUGAUGUAAACACUGGAGAUAAUUUUUUUGUAAAUAAUAAAAAGAUUAUCACAUACAACACUUUGUCACGCACCAGUACUUCUAGCACAUCAGUGCCUAUUGCGACUAAAGUUUCUCUGUACUCUGUAUCUCCUUCUAAACACUAG